AUGAUUGACAAUGGAUUCCACGACGUGGCUAUCGUGCGGGGAACAGUGGACGCCGUUCCGGCAGUCCUCCAUCUCCUAGAUACCGCAGUCAAAUGGUUGGUAUCGCGUGACAGAGUUGGGCAGUGGGGAGCAGCACCGUUUUCUGAGAAUCCACAACGCGCCGAACGACUCACAGAAUUUGCAACAACCGGCCUUGGUCUUUGGCUCGCUAUCAAGGUUGCUGAUGACACGCCCGUGCUGGGCCAAAAUCGACUCUCCAAUAUAAACCCCCAAACUAUGAAUGGAGAAGCUCCGGGGGUCAUCAUAGGAGCGCUUGCUAUUGGAGAGAGGAUGCCUUAUGUGCCAGCUGUCUCUGAGCCUGAGCUUUACGUGCGAUUAUUGGUCACGGAUCGACGAUAUGCUGGCAACAAGAUUGGCAAACGCCUUUUGGAACAUGCACGUGAUCUUGCCAACAGGACUGGAGUGUCAUUACUACGGGUGGAUUGCUAUGCAGGUGGCGACGGCAAAUUGGUCCAAUAUUAUGAGUCUCAAGGGUUUAAACGAUCUGAAAGUUUGAACCUGGAAGGCGACUGGCCUUGCCAAGUGCUUGCUCAACGGUUAGAUGAGGUGAAAGGAGAAGAGAGACGUUGA